AUGGACGACACAGAACUCCCAUUCACAAUCCCAACCCAUCCCCCCUUAUCCCCAGCCGCAACCUCCCUCCUCCCAACCCCCAUCCCCCUCCCCUGCCCUCCCCCGCCCGCCCUCGACACCCUUUUCCACGCCGAACACGGCCAGCUCUUCAACCUCAGCGGCCUACGCACCUCCGAGUCCCUCAUCCUCCAGGCCCUCGACCCUUACUCCCCAUCCACUCCCCCCAACAACGGCUUCAUACACGUCAACGAAGCAAAAUGGCACAGCGUCUUCCACCGCAGCAGGUGGGCCAGCUCCGCCUGCCACAUCGCCAACGCGCCGCUGCACAUCGACGACGACGCCGCGUGGAGCCGCAUCGCCCCCGGGAUAGAGCUCGCGGACAGGAUGCUGGAACAGGCGCUCUCGCACCACUGGCUGCUCGCGAUGCUGAGCGCGGCGGGGCGUGAGGCGGUGCAUGGGGUCUCGGUGACGGUUGAUGGGCGGAGGUACGCCAACGCGACGAUCUACCGCGCGGUUCCUGGUCCGGUUACACAUGAAGCGCGCGCGCAGGCGCUGAAGGUGCUGGAUGAGAUUGCGGGGAGUGUGUUUUGGGGGUUUCAUCAUGGGGACGAGGCGCCGGGGCUUUUGGGCAAGACGGACACGAUUAUGUUGCACGAACUCAUGCACGCUAUAUCAAGACACAUCCUUACCUCCAUCAAAGCCGCAAACCCAGCUCACAACUGCCCCUCCUUCGAACUCUUCUUCAACAACGAACGCUGGGCCGAAGCAGGCUACUCCUUCGAAACCGCCUUCCUCGGCACCGUCCUCCGCAACACCUGGCCCAACCCGCGCUCCCGCCGCAAAGCCUACCACGCCCUCCGCGCCCCGCGCCCGGAAACCGCCGCCGCGGGGCAGUUCCAGUACUACGGCGGCUGGGCGCCCUCCGACCCGUUCAUCGAGGAGCGGGCGGGCGUGCCGGGGCGGGUGCUGUGGGCAAUGACCCGCGAGGACUUCUGGGGGGUGAGGGUGCGCAGGUUUGGGGCGGAGGGGGUCAGGGUUCAGACGGGGGGUGUGAGUGUUGCGAGGGCGGAGUACUCGAAGGCGAGGGGGUAUACGGUGCACCGGGCGGGUGUGCUUGAUGAUGCUGGCGGGUUUGGGGGACGGAUUAGGGAGCGGAGGGGGAGGUUGAAGAUGUUGAGGCCGUGGUAUGCGGACGAGUAUGCGAAGUGGAGCGAGACGCCGUUUGCGGAGUUUCAGAUGCGUAGCUGGGUGCCGGGGAUCAAAGGUGUUCGUAGGAGCGUCAAGUGCGAAGCUGGUGUUGUCGCUGCCGCGAAGAAGAUGAUUGGGCCGUUUGGUGUCGAGGAGCAAGUCUGCGGGACGCGGAUCGAGGGGGAGAGGAGCGGACGGGGCUUCUGGAGGGCUGUUGGGUUUCUGGCAAUGGCUGCGGUGCCGGUGAGGCGGGGCGCGGAAACAUGGGAGGACGAGAGCGUGCCGGCGUAUCCGGAGGUUCUUAUCCAUGGAUCGCGGUUUGCGGCGCCACGGGAGUUACUGGAGGAGGUCAUCCGGCGCGGGAAGGGGAAGAAGGAGAGGGAGAGGUGGAAGGUGGUUGGAAGGGCUGGGGGGAGGAGUCAUGAUCGGGAGAUGUGCUUUGAUAAUGCGAGGGUUGCGUUUUUGAGAUGGAAAUGGGGCGGCGUUGUGUCUGGGGAACUUGUGAUGGAGUUCGAAGCUGCGAUGAGGGAUGUGAGAGUGAAGAUGGACCAGUUCCCCUUGGAUGAUGUUUGGUUGGAUUUCGGGUUCCGGAUGCCAGAGUACAGCGGGGAGGUGUGCUUCCCCGUGGGAUAUGAGGACGACAGGUUUGAUGAUGAAGAUGCAGACUUGCCUAGCUGGGCCAUUGCAAGGUCUGGGAUUGCCGGGGAGGAGGUCACCGGCACUGUCAUCAAGCACUACUCCCCUGGUGAGAUUGGAGACCUCCAAUCGUUGGGAGCAGGGCAAAAGGUCGUCUUAUGGCAGGAAGAAAACGAAACAGAGGUGCAGGUCUACGAUGUCAUCGAGAUCUUUCCCAACGGCUGGGACUCAGAUGCCAGGAACAACUUCACUGCUCCCGGUCCACGAGGACGCAUGCUCUCUCCAAACCUCGAAGCGGACAUCCUCUCCCAAGUCCUCAGCCAACAACCACUCGGCCAGGCAAUGCUCUGGCGCCAAGAAGAAGACGUCUGCAUCAACGACGGCAACGAGGGCAGACCGAACUGGAUUGCCCUCGGAGCCGAAGUCUUCGACAUCACAAACAUGCAACUCUCCCCAGCCCUCCACACCCUCCAACACAUCCUCUACCGCAACCGAAACCCCGUCGCGGCAAUCGACGCCGGCUUCCACCCAGACCUGAUCCGCGCCAACCUCCUUCCGUACAAGAUCGGCUGGCUGCGCGACGAGAUGUCCCGCCCGCGGCGGCGAGACCGCGUGUUCACGGCUAACGAGGUGAAGUGGUUCGCGUUCCGCGAGACGGGGAUGUAUGCUGUCAUUAACGGCAGCGUAUACGAUUUCACAGGAUACUGCGACAUGCACCCCGGCGGCGCGUCCCUCAUCUCCCAUCUCGCUGGCCAAGACGCCACUGAGGCAUGGAGGCAGGCCCACGGGCAGGGCGGAUCUGUCUCCGGGCUGGGUGUACACGCCGCGCUGGAGGAGUUGCGGAUCGGACGCGUCGUGCCGGAGCAGUCUUCAACGCAACCGCUCUCGUCCUCGCAGAUCCGGAUUCGGGACUGUGUUUUCGGGCGGGGGAACAUCAAGCCCGAGCAGACCCAGGCACUCAGCGACCUGGAGCCAUACUGGGGCACAGAUUGCACUUCCCACCUCGAGGCACAGAGUCCGCACUGGGUGCUGACCAAGCUAUACGACACGCGCAACUUCAUCGUCGCUAAGAUCGCACCAAACCCCGAAGAGUUCCCCAUGACGCAGGACACAUUGCGGGAGUUCGACGGCAAAGAGACAGAUCUAGGUUUCCGCGAGACGUAUAUCUCUGACGGGACGUCCAUCUACAACAUGACUUCGUUCAUCAAAUACACCUCCCCAUCGCCCCUCACCGCAUCCCUCCUUAGCCGCGCCGGAACAGCCCUGACCUUGUCCCCCGAGGACACCGAGUUGCGAACAUGGCUACAAACCUCCUGCCGCCACCGUAUCAUCGCAUACCACGACCACCGACAAUCCAACCCGGGAACCAGCCAGCCCCGCUGGAAAACCGACGUCCAACGCGUCCCCCGUGCUCCAGCUCCCGGCCAAUUCCCCAAAGUCAUCAAAGCCGCUAGGGUCGAGAUGAACUGGGCGAAAGUACUGCAGGGCGACGCGGCUUCUCCCGGUCCGAAGAGCGACGUGAGACCGACGCAGGCGCCUACAAAGACGCGGGCGCGAGGAGGUAAGGAAGGGGGUCUCGGCGCCGGGGGGCGUGCGGGUGCGAAGGACAGAGGUGAGGUGAUCGUGCUUCCUUUGGUGAAUGAGAACCCACGACCGCCGGAUAGGGACGUUGUCAUGGAGGACGUACAACCUGACGGAUGGACCGUCGCUGGGAAAAAGGGCCGCCGACGGACUCGGAAAAGACGCUGA